AUUGGCUUAUGGUUUAUCAUAACAUGCCUACCAAACAUAGGUAAAGUGAGAAAAAAAAGAAGUAAAAAAGGAUAAACCCAAUGGAGGUUUUGCAGAACGCCCGACAACGGAAGCGGCUGUAGAUGGAUAACGUUUCGGUUUGCUGAAAUUUCCGCCAAAACGGGUACACUGCAACACAAGCAAUGGCUAUGUCGCUCCUGCAUUCACCACCGUACUGCCUCUUCACCCACCACCGCCGCCGCGGCCAGCAGGUAACUCCGCGAAGUGCUUCUGUGCUGCGUGCGGCUAUGAUUACUAAUGAAGACACAUCUUCUGCAAUUUCCACGUCCGAUUUCCCACUCUUCCAAACCACCCUCAUUCCCCAACCUACUGCUGCUUCUCAGUUGGAGCCAGCGGAUCCUGAUUUCUAUAAGAUAGGAUAUGUUAGGAAUAUGCGAGCUUAUGGAAUUGAGUUCAGAGAAGGUCCCGAUGGUUUUGGAGUUUAUGCGUCCAAAGAUAUCGAGCCUCUUCGCCGUGCUAGGUUGAUUAUGGAGAUUCCAUUGGAAUUGAUGCUAACUAUAAGUCAAAAACUCCCUUGGAUGUUCUUCCCUGAUAUUAUACCAGUGGGUCAUCCUAUCUUUGACAUAAUCAACUCGACCAACCCUGAGACAGAUUGGGACUUGAGGAUGGCAUGUCUUCUUUUAUAUGCAUUUGAUUGCAAGGAUAAUUUUUGGCAGCUGUAUGGCGACUUCUUACCUGCUACUGAUGAGUGUACUAGCUUCCUUCUAGCAACCGAGGAGGACCUUCUGGAGUUGCAAGAUACCGAACUUGCUUCUACAAUAAGACAACAACAACAACGAGCUUUGGAAUUUUGGGAUAAAAACUGGCACUCUGCAGUACCCCUUAAAAUAAAACGCCUUGCUCUAGAGCCUGAGAGAUUCCUGUGGGCAAUGAGUAUGGCACAAUCUCGAUGUAUAAACAAGCAAAUCAGAAUCGGUUCCCUAACUCAAGAUACUAAUAUGCUCAUCCCUUAUGCCGAUAUGUUAAAUCAUUCUUUCAAGCCGAAUUGUUUCUUCCACUGGCGUUUCAAGGAUCGAAUGCUUGAGGUCAUGAUAAAUGCUGGGCAAAGGGUCAAAAGGGGCGAUGAGAUGACUGUCAACUACAUGAAUGGACAGAUGAAUAACUUCUUCAUGCAAAGAUAUGGGUUUUCAUCUCCAGUGAAUCCUUGGGAUGUUAUCCAGUUCUCUGGCAAAGCGCGGAUUCAUUUGGAUUCUUUCUUAUCUGUCUUCAAUAUAUCUGGUCUCCCUGAAGAAUAUUAUCACAAUAGUAAGCUAUCAUAUGAUGAGGAUAGCUUUGUUGAUGGGGCAGUUAUUGCUGCUGCUAGAACAAUACCCUCUUGGUCAGAUGGGGACAUCCCUCCCAUUCCAAGUGCAGAAAGGAAAGCGGUGAAGGAGUUACAAGAAGAAUGCCAUCAAAUGCUUGCAGAAUUUUCUACAACCGCAGAGCAAGAUGAAGAAAUUCUAGAGUCGAUCCCUGAAGCUAGGAGGACGCAAGAAGCUGCAAUAAAGUAUAGGAUGCACCGAAAGUUAUUCAUGGAGAAGGUUAUUCAGGCACUAGAUAUUUACCAAGAGCGGUUAUUAUUUUAAUCUAGGAUCGAACAAGAUUGUCAGAAUUUGAGUACAGAACACAUAUAUCGUGGUUGAGGGAGGCAAGAGGAGAGAGAGGCAACAAAACAACUUAGAACUUCUGUAUCAUUCUGUAAAUUGAACGGGGAAGACAGAAUAUAGAGCAUUUUUGCGUAGCAUCUUCACUAGCUCGAAUGUGCCACCUCUUCUUUAACAAGAUAUUUAGUUUGACAGAAGAAAUAUCUACUUUAUAACCUUUCCAUAA